CAUUCUCACAGCGACUCAGAGCCGUGGAGCGUCACAUGCCACGAUGAGUGUCCUCCCAUGCAGUUUCCUCUUCCUCCUCCUCCUCUGCCUCCCCGUCCUAACAGAGGCCAAGCGGCAGCCUGGUCAGGGGAAACCCGACAAACCCCGCCAGCCCCCACCGUCACCGCAACCGGCCAAGAGACCUAGAAACCGCUCAGUGCCCGGUUCUGGAGAGCUGACCACGAAGGAGGGCCAUCGCUGCACUUGGCAGACGUCUGGUGAAGGCCUGGUGAGCCUGAUGGUGAACUGCAGCACUGAGACACUGGGAGACCAGCAGAGGUAUUGGUGUCGGUAUGCUGGUAAACCAGACCUUUGCCAGGCCUACGGGGUGAAGUCCAGCCAAUACUGGAAGCAGCUGGUGGGAAAGCUGAAGAAGAGGCAGAACGCCUGCGAAGGAGAGAAAGUCCUGAAGGCCAAAACCUGCAAGAAGUCUCCCACCGAGGCCCACAUGAAGCUCGCCCAACGCAGUGGAGAGGAGGAGAGGAAGGGUGGGAAAGAAGGAGGGAAGAAAAAAGGGCUGUCAGCCAGCAAGAGCUCAAACGGAGGAAAGGCAGAACAGAGGAAGAAGAAGGAAGAGGAGGAAGAAGAGGAGAAGAAGAAGAGGGAGGAGAGGACUGGGUUUGAGGAGGAAGGCUUGGUGAACGACAUGGAGCCGGUGCAGACUUACUGCAGCGAGGGAUGGCACUCUGUCUGCUCAUUCUUUGUCAAGUUUUUUGAGGGUUAACAGGAAUUAUGAUGGAAAUGUAAAGCUCAUCUUUAAUACACGAUGGCGCGAGUUCACAAUCUGAGAACAACCUAUAUACAGUGUGCCCACGGGGUUCUAAAAAAGUCUGGCCUUAAAUUGUCUUAAAUGUGAUUUUGACAGGUCUUGAUUGGAUUAGUGGAGUUAAAUUACAGUAGGUAACUUUUAUAAAAAUAUCUUUUUGUCAUAUUUGCUGAAACUUUACUAUAUCCUGACAGUAGAACACAAGACAGAUAAUCUGUGAAAAAUCAGCUUCCUCUGGCUCCUCCUAGUGCUCCGAAUUGUAGGUAAUUAGGAAGAAUCCACCGGGCCUGAAUCAAAACAACCAAUCAGGGCCAAGAAAGAUAUGUCUCAUGUAUUACUGU